CAUAGGUAUUUGGCGGAGUUUAAGGUUGGAGAUGAGAGAAAAGUUGCUGCUGAGGAUACUAUGCUGGCUUAUAGGGCUGCUCAGGAUGUCGCAGUUGCGGAUCUUGCUCCCACUCAUCCGAUCAGGCUGGGGCUGGCACUCAAUUUCUCCGUGUUUUACUUCGAGAUUCUGAAUCAGUCCGAUAAAGCAUGUAGCAUGGCCAAGGAGGCCUUUGAGGAAGCCAUUGCUGAGCUGGACACUCUGGGUGAAGAAUCAUACAAGGACAGUACCCUCAUCAUGCAACUAUUGAGGGACAACCUUACUCUCUGGACUUCAGAUGCGCAGGACCAGUUAGAUGAGUCAUAGAAGGGCAUCAUAAGCUCGACCUGUCCUGUGCUUGUGAAUGGUGGGGGGAGGAGGUGGGCUUCAAAUGUCAUUUACUUUAUGGACUAUUCUGUAAUUAUUUAAUUCUUGUAUUAGAAUCUUUUUUCAUGUACUAUUGUAGAAUGUAUAUAUAAACAUAAUAUUAAUAUUUUAUUUUAUGUAUUCAAAUGUAAAAGACAAAUGUUAUAGUUUCUAACAUAAUAUGAAUUUCAU